GAGAUGCGGGGCCUGUGAGCCUCAUAACUAAACCAACCCCCAGCCACAAAAGGACUGCUUAGUUACAUCCAAACCAUUUUCGACACACUCACAAGAAACAACAUGAACGGGCAGUGCGCUUGCGGCUCCGUCAAGUUCGUCACACCCAUAGACAAACCUCUGAACCUGUUUCACUGCCACUGCAUCGACUGUAGACGGCAAUCUUCCUCAGCCUUCGGAACCUCCGCCAUCUUCCCUUUCUUCCGCGUCGACGACAACCCAAAUGUCUCCCACUUCUCGCGCGUCUGUGAUAGUGGGCGGAAGCAGAAUUGCUACUUUUGCAACAAGUGUGGUAGCAGGAUCUUGCAUGCCCACGUCGUUGACGGCGGAGACCCUCAGGUCGUUGCUGUCAAGGGGGGACUUUUAGAAGGAUUGAAUUGGAAGAAUGCAAAACAUAUCUUCACGAGAAGUGCGGUGAUUCCGAUUCCUGAUGGAGUGGAAUCAUGGGUUGCGGAGCCUGAUUUUGGCAAGGCCAAGUAGAGUCAAGACAAAUGCGAGUUGUGGAAUCAUUCCGUCUAUUCUCAAGUUGUGAAAGAAGCCCACGCAAACUCGAACGACUAAGUAGUCCCACCGGAACUCUCUUCCGC